UAGUCAAUCGAAAGCACGAAAGUGGAAAUUGUUCUCAACGCUUUGAAUUUUGACCCUCUAGUAUCUCUAGUAUCUAUGCGGUAAAAUUGAGUCACCAGUUUCCAUGACAACGACUUUUCAAAUACCACACAACAAGCAGUAUUGUUUCUUCUCGAAAUCCAAACUUUUCGGCACAUAACGUUUUUUGUUAAUUGGAACGAUUAAAUGAAUAUUUCGAGUUCAAAACAAUACCCCGCGAUCGUUGUCCUGCAGUACAUACUUUUGUUGUUCGACAUUUGUGUUAACUCGUUUUCAAGCUUUGCGAGAUCAAAUCCUGUCGAUAUCCUCGCACUUUACGUCGCUCAAGAUUUUUGCUUGAUUGUUGCUCUGACUAUACUGCUCAUCAAUUUCUUCUCAACGUAUAUUUUUCAGGCUGGUUUGAUACAACUUUUGUAUGUGAGAUUCCGCACGACUCUUGUACUCUGCGUUAUUUACAUAAUAUUGAGUAUCGGUCUUCACACAUGGCACAUGACUCUUCACUGGCAUCAUCCCCUCGAAAAUUAUUGGACAAAAGGCUUUCAUUCUCUAUACUCGACGCACAAAACAGUUUCGGUCCUGUAUUAUUAUUUUUAUAAACGUGCGUCGUUACGAAUUGGCGAUCCUAGAUUCUACGAGGGUUCUGGCUGGAUGCAAAAUCAACUAAAUGCUUCUUGAAGACUUUUCUGUUAAUCAUCACCUGGAUAUAAAUCGAAAACGAAUUGAAUAUUUUUAAUCACACGCCAAUUAUUACUCGAAAAUUUAAACCUCCCGAUGGACGUCGUGUUUCGGUAUAUUAGCAAUAGACUGAAACCAAAUCUGAGGCUGAAACACUACAUGGGAUCAAUGUGAAAGCCUCAAGCUGUUGUAACAAUAAUAACAAUGGCCAUCUGAACCUGAAAA